AUGGGCAACGCAUACACGAUUGAACUGCCCCGUAAGAUGCGUAAGCAUCCUACGUUUUACGUCGGUCGUCUCCGCUCGUACUAUCAGUACGAGAUCGUUCCAGAGGCGAAUAACACCUACGUGGUCAAGGGCCGAGACCACCUUCGAGUGGUCCCGUUUCAACGAACCAGUCUGGUCGACUAG